AUGAAGGUGGAUACUGGCUGUGGUGCAGCCACUGCAGACAUAGAUAAACCAGAAAAGGACCAGAGAGGUGUGGAGCUGAGAGCCCAGACCCUGCCACAGGAGACAGGGACCAAGUCUAUGGACCAGUCCUUAAGGGCCAAGCCUCAAUCCGGAUCAGGGCCUGAGGCAGAGGCAGAGCCAUUGGACUUUGUGGUGGCCACAAAACAGGAGUUUUAGGAGGUGUUGGCCAUCUCCGAGGAUAUCUGCAGUGGCCUUGACUACCUCCCCAGCCACUACCACAGCUGGCUCCAGGUUCCUGAACGCGGUUGUUUUGGCCAAGUGCAGGGAGGAGUGAUCUCUCUGGAGUCAGUGAAAGUGAUCGACACCAGGCAGACGGCGCUGGUGGUGGGACUGCGCAUGGCCCCCUGGGAACACUGCAAGGGAGUGGUUGGACUGCUGCAGCGCUUCUGCUCACAGCUGGCCAAGCAACAGCCCCCCGGGGUCAAGGUGGCACCGCCCCGGAACGACCAGCUGGGCCCCCAGGAGCUGAAGAAAUACCGCCUAAUCACCAAACAGGGCAUAGUUUUGGUUCGAUUCAAUGCGUCCGCGUUACUGGCCCAGCUGGGCGCGCGGUUGGCAGCGCAUUGGACCUGCGGCACCUUCUGGCCGCUGCCCAUCGAGGCUGUGUCCGAGGCAGGCGGCGACGUGGCACACCUCUUGCUGUUGCCCUCCGUGCAGCGCGACGUGCUUCCGGGUGGGAUCAUCAUCUAGGUCUGGCGGCAGCCCUACUGGCCAAGUGAAAGCAACCUCAGCCUGCUGGCGGCCAAGGGCCUAGAAUGGUGAGUGGACAGUCGCACGAGCCCGCGCGUGCUCACGCUGUGCACACGCCCCUUCCCCAUGCCGCAUGGAGGCAACCGCACUAGGCGCUACCUCAACCUUGACGCCUUUGGCAGCGAUGGUGGGCAGGUGCAGAACCAGCUCCUGUGGCACCUGCAACGUCAAGUCCAGCGCCUCGAAGGUCUCAACGUCAUGUACCAGCUCUUCCUGGUACUCCAGCUGCGGUCACAGGUGGCUGACUUCUGUCAAGUUGGCUUGGGACUUGAGCUAGUCAAGGGUUACACUGAACAGUACCUGCUGGAGGCCUGA